UCUCCUCUGGCGUGGAAGAGAGAGCGCGCCUUGACGCAGGCACGAAAUAUUUCGAUCCGGACGGCACGUCGAUCGCGAUGCUGCGGCGGAGCUGAUCGAUCGAUCCAUUCCGAAUUCUGAAACUUACAACAAAGAAGAGAUAGAGUCUGAUGCCACAAGUUUUCAAGUUCCUGCGUUCUAGAUAUCUUCCACCCGGGUUUUAUGAUCGGCUCCAGCAGCAGUGUCUAGCUCCAGGCAUGAUAUGGCAGUCCUGGAGGUCCGGAAUUUGCAGAAUGGGAACUGCUCGGCUUCUAGCAAGCAAAGCAAAUCUAAGCUUCUGCUCAUGUCUAUGUUGCCUCGUUACCCUUCCAUGCCGACUUAUCCCCCCUCUCCACCUCGAAGGGACAUCGAUGCUUCAGAGGUUCGUGAUGUUACAUUCAAGGUGGAGGGUAUGGAAUGUGCUGCUUGUGCAGGCUCGAUUGAAAAGGCAAUCAAACGCCUUCCCGGGAUAAAAAAUGCAGCUGUUGCUGCUCUCCAUGCAAGAGCACAGGUCAUCUAUCAUCCGGCCUUCGUUGCUGAAGAAGCUAUUCGUGAAGCUAUCCAGGAUGCUGGAUUUCAGGCUUCGGUCAUCGAAGACCAUAGCCACCAGAAUGAGAGCAACAUUUGCCGGGUUCGCAUCAAAGGCAUGACGUGCACAGCAUGCUCCACUUCUAUCGAGUCUGCUCUUCGGAAGAUGGCGGGGGUUAAGAGGGCCGUGGUUGCUCUUGCAACGGAAGAGUCGGAGAUACACUACGAUCCCAAAGUUGUGAGUCACGGGCUGCUGAUGGCAGCCAUUGACGACGCCGGGUUCGAAACAGAACUGAUUAGUGCGGGAGAGGACAGGAACAGAGUUUACUUGCGUCUUCAAGGGGUUCACUCACAGGAAGCUCUGAAGGUUAUCGAGAUCUCUCUCAUGGCUCUACCAGGCGUGAAGUCAGUUGAAUUCAACGCCAUUGAGGAGCGCUUGAUGAUUUCGUAUGAUCCCGACUUAACCGGUCCAAGGUGCUUCAUUGAGGUAAUCGAGCAGACUAGUCCGACUCCGAACUUAUACCGAGCGUCAUUGUACAUGAAUCCGGGGGAAGGAUGCCCAGACAGAGUCGAAGAAGUCAGACGGUACCAGAAACUUUUCUUGUGGAGCAGUAUAUUCAGCGUGCCGGUCUUUUUCCUCUCGAUGGUCUUCAUGUACAUUCCAGUUAUCAAAAAGUGGCUGGACAUGAAGCUGGUGAUGGUGCUGACUGUUGGAGAAGUUUUGAGGUGGGCAUUAUCAACGCCAGUCCAGUUUGUUAUAGGCUGGAGGUUCUACGUCGGUGCUUACAAGGCUUUACAGCAUGGAUCAGCUAACAUGGACGUUCUGGUCGCCAUGGGGACAAACUCGGCUUACUUCUAUUCGGUCUAUACAGUCGUGCGUGCCGCGACUUGCCAACACUUUCGGGGGACAGAUUUCUUCGAGACAAGUGCCAUGCUUAUUUCAUUUAUUCUACUCGGGAAGUACCUGGAGGUUCUCGCCAAAGGAAAGAUGUCCGAGGCUAUAGCGAAGCUCAUGAACCUGGCACCUGAUGUUGCUGUGCUGCUUUCGGUUGACAGCAAUGGGAACGUCGUUUCGGAACGCGAAAUCAGCACCCAGCUCAUACAACGUAACGACAUCAUCAAAGUCGGGCCCGGUUCCAAAGUUCCUACAGAUGGUGUGGUCGUGUGGGGACAGAGCCACGUCAAUGAAAGCAUGAUCACCGGUGAAGCUCGGCCUGUGACAAAACGUUUGGAUGACAAACUUAUAGGUGGCACUAUGAACGAAAACGGUGCUCUACGGAUGCGUGCAACUCACGUCGGCUCGGAGACUGCACUUUCUCAGAUUGUGAGGCUUGUCAAAGCUGCUCAGAUGGCGAAAGCGCCAGUGCAGAAAUUCGCCGACAAAAUCUCUCAGUUCUUUGUUCCGAUGGUGGUAGUAACAGCUUUCUCGACUUGGAUGGUAUGGUAUACCGCUGGCAGAGCUCGAACUUAUCCAAGGUCUUGGAUUCCGUCGUCCAUGGACGAGUUUGAGCUGGCACUCCAGUUUGGAAUAUCGGUACUGGUGAUUGCUUGCCCCUGUGCUCUGGGCUUAGCUACUCCUACUGCUGUUAUGGUCGCCACUGGAAAAGGUGCAGCCCAAGGUGUUCUAAUCAAAGGUGGCAAUGCAUUAGAGAGUGCACAGAAGGUGAAGUACAUCGUCUUUGACAAGACCGGAACACUCACCAGCGGAGAGCCUGUCGUGGUUGGCACCAAGCUUUUCCAAAACGUGGCUCUCAAGGUCUUUUUUGAUUUGGUAGCUUCCGCCGAGGUGAACAGCGAGCAUCCUCUUGCGAAAGCCAUCAUCGAGUACGCUAAGUCGCUGCAAGGCACGGGCUGCAAAGACCUCCUUUGGCUUCCAGAAGUGAAGGACUUCAAAUCCAUUGCGGGACAAGGAGUAACGGCAGAAGUGUCCGGGAAGCGCAUCUGCGUGGGAAACACGAGGUUGAUGGCCGAAAACGGGAUCAUGGUCUCUAUAGACGUGGCCGAGCAGCUCAAAGAGACAGAAGUCAUGGCAAGAACGGGAGUCCUGGGAGCUAUAGGCGGAGAAAUCGUCGGACUCAUCGCCAUCGCGGAUCCAGUAAAGCCAGAGGCAGCAGCAGUCAUCUCCUACUUGAAGUCGAUGGGAAUCCACAGCUUGAUGGUCACUGGCGACAACUGGGGGACCGCCAGAGCCAUCGCUCGCGAGAUUGGGAUCGACAACGUGAUCGCUGAAGCACAGCCCAGCGUCAAAGCCGAGAAGAUCAAAGAGCUCCAGGCGACAGGGAUGGCAGUAGCGAUGGUGGGCGAUGGUAUCAACGAUUCCCCGGCGCUGGUGGCCGCGGACGUGGGCAUGGCGAUUGGAGCCGGGACCGACAUCGCGGUGGAAGCGGCGGACAUCGUUUUGAUGAAGAACAACCUCGAGGACGUGGUGACCGCCAUCGAUCUCUCGCGGAAGACCUUCACGAGGAUCCGGCUGAAUUACCUGUGGGCUCUCGGCUACAACGUCUUGGGGAUUCCCAUCGCCGCGGGAGUGCUCUUCCCGUGGACGGGGUUUCGCCUCCCUCCAUGGAUCGCCGGCGCCGCCAUGGCCGCUUCCUCGGUCAGCGUCGUGUGCUCGUCGCUGCUACUCAAGAACUACAAGCGCCCAAGAAAGCUUGGCUGACUUAAAAGAAAUUUUUAAAUUGCCGAAUAUUCUUAUAUACCUUUUUCUC